AUGGUCAAAUUCAGCCACCGACUAAUCAUCGCCGCCGUUGCCGCGCUUAUCACCUCCGUGUGUGCAACUCCCGCGCCCAGCUAUUCCAGAUCCUCGGUAAACCCAAUCGAAGUGUUUAGUAAUUUUACGGAAGAGCAAGGGGCCUUCGAUCUCACGGCUCAGCAGCUCAUGAUGAUGAACAGGACGAUCAACGACGACAUGCAGUCGGCAGGAGUCGGUGUUCUCUUCAUUGGGCAAGAAGAAUGUAGUCUGGCCGAAAUGGCAGUCGCGCUCAAUGGCCUGGGCCUAGAGUCCGAAAACGCGACCUUUAGCGACAUCCACAGGGCCAAAGACAAGAUGUUCGACUUCUACUGGACCGUAUCCAGCACGCCGAGCUUGGCCGUUGCGAAGGAGUGCGGUAAGGCGAUCGCUUGCCAGAGAAAUUCCGUCAUCGACCAGCUAAAUAAGAUUGCCAAUGAUUACGACCAAUUUAUCUGCGCAGGCAGUUGCGGGACGGCUGGCUUUGUGCCCACGCCGAUCACGAUCUCAGGCACAUGCGAAGACCCGUUGCUUUUUUGCAAUUAG